AUGCCACUUACAUCACGUUCGCCGUACGACAGUAAAACACUAUUGGCCAAAUACUAUGAUUUACCACAACCUGAAGACACGGUUCAAGUGAUGUAUGUCUGGAUAGAUGGAAGUGGAGAAAAUCUUCGCUGCAAAACUAUGACCAUGCAGAAUGAGCCACAAACUCCAGAAGAUUGUCCGAUGUGGAAUUUCGAUGGAAGUAGUACUGGUCAAGCUGAGGGCUCAAAUUCCGAUGUGUAUUUAAAACCUUGCGCAAUGUUUCGUGAUCCAUUCCGAGGUGGGAAAAACAAAUUAGUCUUGUGUGAAACUUACAAUUACGAUAAGAAGCCCCAUGCGUCAAAUCAUCGCUACCAAUGUAAUCUUACCAUGGAGAAAGCAAAAGCCUAUCAACCAUGGUUUGGUAUCGAACAAGAAUAUGCUCUCCUAGAUAUUGAUGGUUAUCCACUACAGUGGCCUAAAAAUGGUUUUCCUCCACCGCAAGGUCCCUAUUAUUGUUCCGUUGGAGCUGGUAAAGCACUGGGUCGUGAUAUACCAGAAGCUUUGUAUAGAGCUUGCAUGUACGCUGGAGUUAAGAUCUGUGGUAGCAAUGCAGAAGUUAUGCCUUCACAGUGGGAAUUCCAAGUUGGACCAUGUGAAGGUGUUUCAGCUGGAGACCACUUAUGGAUGGCGAGAUUUAUACUACAUCGUGUUGCUGAGGACUUUGGAGUUAUUGUGACACUAGACCCUAAACCAAUGGAAGGUAACUGGAAUGGUUCUGGAGCACAUACGAACUAUUCAACAUUAGCUAUGAGAACUCCAAAAAUAGGUUUACAAGCAAUAGAAGAUGCUGUAGAGAAGUUAUCUCACAAACAUACCGAGCAUAUUCAAUCAUACGAUCCUAAACAUGGAUUGGACAAUCAGAGACGUUUGACUGGUCACCAUGAAACAAGCAGCAUUAACGACUUUUCAUCUGGUGUUGCAAACAGAGGUAGCAGUAUACGUAUUCCGAGACAAGUUGCUGAAAAUGGUUGUGGUUAUUUAGAAGACAGACGUCCGUCGUCCAACUGCGAUCCAUAUAUUGUCACCAGAAUGCUAGUUGAAACAACCUGUUUUUAA